GAGCGCCGCGGCUCGGGGAGUUGAUGGCAGCACCACAGUGCGGCCGCUGGGCCGAGCGCCGAGCGCAGCCACCCGCCGCUGCCCAGGGAGCGUCCAAGAUGUGGAGGGAUCCGGGCGGCAGCGGUUGCAGCAGCGCCAGGGACCGGGGCGCGCAGCAGCCUCCGCUCUCCUGCCUGUGUUGACCUGCCUCGUCUGGCCCCAAAGAAUGUCAGCCAAGUCCAAAGGGACCCCCCCCUCCUCCUCUCCAGCCAAGGGACCACCGGCAGCCUCCAAAACCAAGGUGAAGGAACAGAUCAAGAUCAUCGUGGAGGAUCUGGAAUUAGUCCUGGGCGACCUGAAGGACGUAGCCAAGGAACUUAAGGAGGUGGUUGAUCAGAUUGAUACCCUGACUUCUGACCUGCAGCUGGAGGAUGAGAUGACCGACAGCUCCAAAACGGACACGCUGAACAGUAGCUCAAGUGGCACAACAGCCUCCAGCAUAGAGAAGCUCAAAGUGCAGGCCAAUGCGCCUCUCAUUAAACCCCCAGCACACCCGUCUGCUAUCCUCACGGUCCUGAGAAAGCCAAACCCCCCACCGCCUCCGCCACGGUUGACGCCUGUGAAGUGUGAAGACCCCCAAAGGGUGGUGCCAGCUGCCAAUCCAGUAAAGACCAAUGGCACCCUUCUGCGGAACGGAGGCUUUCCAGGAGCACCAAACAAAAUUCCCAAUGGAGACAUCGGCUGCAUACCCAGUAAGAACUCGGACAAGGUGUCCCUGCAGCCUCUGAUGCAUAGACCUGAAAAAGACAGGUGUCCCCAGGCAGGGCCUCGGGAGCGGGUUCGGUUUAAUGAAAAAGUGCAGUACCAUGGCUAUUGUCCUGACUGUGACACCCGGUAUAACAUGAAAAACCGGGAGGUCCAUUUACACAGUGAACCUGUCCAGCCACCAGGAAAGCUUCCUCACCCAGGCCCUCCCCGCCCUCCUCCACCCCAUCACCCUCCAUUUCCACUUGAAAAUGGGGGACUGGGAAUAAGCCACAGUAACAGCUUCCCCCCGCUCAGACCUGCAACUGUGCCUCCUCCCCCUGCACCGAAACCACAGAAGACGAUCUUGAGGAAGUCAACCACUACAACAGUGUGAUGUAUGCCAUUUAAAAACAUUUUUUGUUUUAUUUUAGUUUUUAUAUUAUAAACAUAAAAUAAUAAGUAAUGAGCACUUUCUACUCAAGCAAUAAAAAGCCCAAAUGUAUUAACCCUGCAUUCAGCAAAGUGGCAUAAAAAUCACCUGCUCCUUCAGGAUGGAAGGAAAAUCUUUAUUUGGAGGCAUGUCAGCUCAUUUUUCUCACUUCAGAUUCAUCACUAUGACUUCUUGAGGCCAGAUCUAAUUUUGAAAUAACCAGGAACCUGUCCAUCUUAGAGCAGCAAACCCCCUGAACUUCGGAGCACAAAUGGUCACGGAUACGGUCUGCGUAAAAUCGUCUGCCUCUAGUCUGACAGCCGUGAGCAGAGCCCUAGGGGUGAAAAAGCCACAGCCUUAAAUCUCUUCGCUCAGAAAUUACCAAGAAGAUUU